GUAAAUGAAAAUAACUUGACAAAACUGGAUAAUAAUAUUAAUAAGACUGGUGAUAAUGACGAGGUUGAUAUUAAUCCAAAUCGCGUGACAUAUAAAAAUCUGUCAAAUGAUACGAUUACUUUGAUUGAUGAAGAAGAUUGGAAUGCAGUAAAGUGGGAAGCAAAAAGAUCGCAGAAUUAUCAUAUUUCAAUGUUUUUCUCUUAA